AUGGGAGGGUUAAAGAUCGUGAAAAGCAAGCGCAGGUCAAGACUAGAAAGGAAUGUGUGGCGUUACAGAAUUCACCCCAGAUGGUCGUUGGGUUGUAUCUGGAGGAGAAGACAAUGUUGUCAAGGUUGCCUUAACCAGUUGUGGUAUUGGAUCGCUGGAAAACUGUUGCAUGAGUUGAAGAGUCUGGAUUUUCAUCCCCAUGAAUAUCUGCUGGCAACAGGUUCAGCUGAUAAGACUGUAAAAUUCGGGGACCUUGAAACAUUUAAGCUUAUUGGUUCUGGUGGAGCCGAGACCUCAAAGGCACUCCCCACUCACAAGAAUGAGCAUCCCCAAGAGACAGUGAAGAAGAAGACUGAGUAUCUAGCGAGGAAGAUGUAUUUGCCACUAAAAGGCUGUGGCUUUGUUUCCUCAGAAGGAUUGAUCGGAAGUGAAAUCUUGGAGCUGUUUGAUCCGAACUCUUUCUUUCCAUAUGCAAUCCAUCUGGGAAAGUAG